AUGUCUAAACGGAUUGCUGAUGAUCAAUUAACUAAAGAUAAUUAUUUCAAUCAAGAUGGUGAUAUAAAUCAUAAUGGUAAUCAUAAUCAAUUAGCUUCUUCAGAUAUAUUAUCAACUAGAAAAAUAUUAAAACCAAGAGGUCAUCUAGGAAGUGGUUCAGGUGUAGCCCCAUCAACUUCAUCAUUCGGUGCUGCCUUUAGUAAUGUCGGUAGUACCACCACUACCACCAACACCACCACCACUAAUGACUCCGAAAAGAAUAAUAAAAUUAAAGCAUUAAAUAAUAAAUUCAUUGAAUCAAUCAAUCAAAAACAUAUUAAUAAUACCAUUGUAAAUUUCACUCCUAUACUACAAACUUAUAUUAAAUAUUAUCAAGAUAUAGAACAUGAAUUUAAACCAUCAGUUGUAAGUUUACCUUCCAAACCAACUUUUCAAUUUAAUCCAACUCCAGUAUCAGCACCAGCACCAGCACCAGCUCCUGUCCCUUCAUUGAAUGGUACUACUACUACUAAACCAAUUCAAAUUGAAGAUCAAUCAAUGAAUUCAUCAGAUGAUGAGUCAUCAUCAGAUGAGGAGGAAGAAGAUGAUAAACCAAAAGUUACCAAGAUCGAAGGACCUAAAUUCACUCUUGAAUCUAAACCAACCGUUAAGAAAUCAGUAUUUUCAUUUGGACCAAAACCACCUCCAAAACCAAAAGAUGAUUCAGAUUCUGAUAGUGAUAGCGAAAUUGAAAUUAAAGGUCCAACUUUCACUUUUAAUAAACCGAUCCAGGAUAAUGUAUUUAAGUUCAAUAAUGUUGAUCAAAAGAAGGAGGAUGAAAAAACUAAAUCAUCAUUUUCAUUCAAUCCUGAAAAGAAGGAAGAAUCAGAGCCAACUUCUAAACCUCUCUUUUCAUUCCAACCACCAACCAAGGAAGAAACUACUAAACCUGCAUUUUCAUUUGGUUCUAGUACAACUCCAACUUUUGGAUUUGGUUCAACUCCAACUAAUAAAGAAGAUGAAAAACCAAAACCAACUUUUUCCUUUCAACCAACCAACACUACAACCACAAAAGAAGAACCUAAACCCCUUUUCAAUUUCGGCUCAUCAACUGCAUCUACUACCACCAAUGAAGAAAAACCAAAAGAUCCAAAACCACUCUUUGCGUUUGGAAAUUCGGCAGCAACCACUACAACCACCACCACUCCUUCAUUUAACUUUGGUAGUACUGUAAAACCAACCUUCACUAAUGGAGCUUCCACCUCUGAAGAUAACAAACCAUCCAUUUCAUUUGGUAACACCACCUCCAAUGAUACUCCAAAACCAUUUUCAUUUAAUCCAACUCCAGUAGUAACCAAAGAUGAAUCAACUCCAAAACCAACUUUUAAUUUCGGUUCAUCAACAUCUACGGCCACCACCACUAAGCCAACGUUUAAUUUCACUCCAUCUGAUUCAACUGCUAAACCUAUCAUACCGGCCUUUGGAUCAAAUUCAACUUCAACUGAUAAUAAACCAGCAUUUCAAUUUUCAUUCAAUUCUGCAUCUUCAACCACCCCAGCUGAGACUAAACCUGCUGCUGCAUUUUCAUUUGGAUCAAGUACGAAUGGAAAUGGAAAUGGUCCUAGUUUAUUUGGAGGUAAUGCUUCUACAUUUUCAUUCAAACCCCAAGAUAAGAAAGAAGAAUCGGUCCCUACUACCGAUGGAGAUGAUGAUAAAGUUGAAGAAGAAGAAGAAGUGGAAGGUAAUUUCACUCCUGUUGCUUCGUUGGCCAGUGAACAAGUUGAUAGUUCUACGGGAGAAGAAGGAGAAGAAACCUUAUACACCAAACGAUCUAAAUUAAUGCUUUAUAAUGAUUCAAAAGAUGGCAAAUCACCAUAUACGAAUAUCGGAUUAGGAGAAUUAAAAAUCUUAAAGAAUAAAGAAACUUCAAAGACUCGUAUUUUAAUUAGAGCCGAUGGAGGAUUACGGAUUUUAUUUAAUAGUUUGAUAUCAAAUCAAUUGGUAUAUACUUCUUUAGGAGAUGGAUCUAUGAUUCAAAUUCCACAUAUUAAUACCGAAGGGGUAUUAGAGAAGUAUGUGGUUAAAGUUAAGACUGGUGAUGAUGGGAAGGAAUUAUUAAAGACUAUUAAUGAAAAUAAAUAAGUAGCGAGAGAGAGAGGUCAUAUGUAUAAUUAAGUAAAAUAUUAGAGUUAUGUUGAUACAACACGAUUUAAUUAAUAAAUAAAAUUGUUUAUAUUAUUG